AUGGCAGCAUCAUCCAAUGCGACUUCUCCAGUAACUCAGUCCACUGCGGCAUCGUACAUCAGCUCUGCGGCGUCUAGUUCGUCGGCCUCAGCAACCGUACCGGCAUCAAUCACACAAUGUGGCAAUUGUCGAGUGCUGGCGGAUCAAGUCCAGGUUUACUAUUGGCCUACUGCAUCAGUGAAAAACAAUUGCGCGCGAGGGGCUUCCAUCAACCCAUUCCAGACCGGCGUUCCUUACGCAUCUAAUGCCUCGAGGAUCCAAGCUCUGGCAACUCAGGUGACAAAUGGCCCAACCGCUGUCCUUGAUGGGCAUACAUUUACUUUCCCAUCGCUGUACGUAUCCGUUGUUGGUGGGAUCUCAGUAUCAGAUUCUUGCGGUCUUCUGGGAAGCGUGCACACCAAUCCUGCACCUGUAGCCGUUCAAGCCAUCACCACCGCUUCAUAUGCCAACUGGCCGUCAACCUGUCGGCCCCAGGGCCUGAAUGCGGAAGCCGUCAUUGAUACUUUGGCUCUCUCGGACCUUGCAUGUCCCACUUGGGGGCUUUCCAAUCCAUUCACUACCUCCUGCGAUGGAAGCACUUACCUGACAGCAACUUAUGGCGAGCCGUACAACCCGGUCAUCUUGGUGCCAACAGAACUCAUGUCGAUCGACCCCGCUUGGGGAGCUUGUACUACUAACACGGCCGACGCGCUUCUAACAUUGCCAUGCGGCAUCUAUGAUCCGCCAAAGACCUUGCAAACGGCGACUGCCCUGGUUCCCGGUGGCGAUUUGAAUGAUCCUCCUACAUCUGAGUCGAUGUCGGUAUUUAAUGCAGCAGAUACAUUGCAGCAAGCUCAUGCGCUUGCACCGAGUGUUACACCGGUGAAUAACCCUCCCGCGCAAACGGCGCUGAAGGCUGAGCCGGCCGAUACUGGGUCGCCAAGUUUACCAAAACCUACGACAGUGCCAAGCAGUGCCGGUAGUGAUCCCUCAGAAGAUCCAAGCAAAGAGGUGUCGGAUCCAAACGGAGCUUCGGAUCCAGCAGACAUUCUCAAACUGGAUCCGCUAGCUCCUAGCGCUAAGCAAUCGGAUGAUCCAGGCCAAAGUAGCCCCGUUCAGCCAGGUGCUCCAACGCCGGCUUCAGAUCCUCAAACAUCAGAUAUGAGUAGUCCUGGUCCAAAUGCCUCAGACGACCAUGCAAACUCGGAUCUGACUAGUUCUGAAUCAGAUAGUUCUGAUGGUCCGAGUCAAAAUGGUCCCCCUCGAAAAGAAGCUUCAGCUCCAGCCUCAGAGUCUCAAGUAUCAGAUCCGAACGAUCAGCCGGCAGUACCACAAGCACCCACGACUAUCACCCUGGGCGGUGAAGCGCCAUCCACCCAAGGCUUAGGAGCUUUCAUCAACGGUGCCCUCGGAGGAGGAAGCGCGCCUGCUCCCUCCCCUGCUCCAUCUCCAGCAUUCACUCCUCACGCCAUUACCGCUCUCGGCCAGACCCUCAGCAUCACCGAUCCAUCCGCCGUAGCAAUUGCCGGCAAAACACUAUCAGUGGGUGGACCGGCCCACACAUCCGACGGAAAAUACUACUCCCUGGCGCCCUCUGGAAACCUAAUUGCUGGCACGCUAGCCCCGACUCCCGGACCUUUGUCGCCACCAGUGCUCUCUGUUGCUGGCUCGAAAUACACCGCAAAUGCGGCCUCUCAGUUCGUCGUAGCAGGCCAGACGUUGACGCCAGGAGGGCAAAUCACUGUAGCCAGCACACCGAUAUCGCUCCACCCCUCCGCCGACGUCGCCGUCGUUGGAGGUAGCACCCAGGUUCUCACCACCCCCGCACCAAGUCCAGACCCUGCGGUAUUGACAUUUGCGGGCUCCACGUACACGGCCGACGCAGCUUCGCAAUUCGUCGUAGCUGGCCAAACCCUAUCCCCGGGCGGUCAGAUAAGAGUUGCCAGCACACUGAUAUCUCUAGCACCCUCAGCCAACGUCGCAGUCAUCGGCACCAGCACCCAAUCCUUAGCAACCGCUCCCGCCCCACUCGCCGCCGAAGCGCCCGUCCUGACAUGGGACGGCUCAGCGUACACGGCGGACGCCUCGUCCGAUUUCGUCAUCGCGUCUCAGACCCUCACGCCCGGCGGCAUCAUCACCCUUCUCGGCACGCCGAUCCGGUUGGCGCCGGGCGCGGCGGACGCCGUCAUCGGCACGAGCACGCAGUCGCUCGCCCCGGCCGCCGUCCCGCCGGCGGACGUGUUCACGCUCGCCGGGCAGCUCCUCACGGCGAACCCGUCCGGGUUCGCCAUCGCGGGGACUACGCUCCUGCCGGGCGGCGGCGGCGUUACCGUCUCGGGGACGCCGGUCCGUUUGGAGUCCGGGGGUACGUUGGUCGUGGGGACUGGUAGUCUCGUGCUGCCUACGCCGGGACCCGGUGCUGGGGUGGGGCUGUUUGAGGGCGGGCAGGGGAAGCGGGCGUCGCCGCGGAUGGCGUGGUUCGUUGCCUAUACCAUUCUUGGGACAUUGCUGGGAGCGUUCUUUUUCGGGUGA